AACAUGGCGUCCUCAGAUGUCCACGUCCGAAUAUGUGAACAAGAAAUACUCAAAUAUGACUUGGAAAUCAAAGCUCUCAUCCAGGACAUUAAUGAGUGCACGGGCCCUCAAAACAAGCUGACAGAACUGAACGCUGAAGUGAAAAAGAGUUUCCACAAUCUCAGGUUGCGGAUUCAGGAUUUUGAGCAGAUGGCCAUGGAGCAGGACAAAGAGUCAGACAAGCAAGCUUUGAUGAGUCAGGUGGAGGGACACAGAAAACAGAUGCUGAGUAACCAGACGGGUUGGAGGAAAGCCAACCUGGCCAGCAAACUGUCCAUAGACAAUAUGGAGAAACAGGCACUUCUUAAUGGAGGAGAUAGUGCUGUGAGACAGAGGAAGAUGACCAAAGAGGGCCUGGCUCAGACAACCAGUGACAUUACAGAGAACCUUAUGAGCAUCAGCCGGAUGAUGGCACAGCAGGUUCAGCAGAGCGAGGAGACCAUGACGUCAUUAGCAACCUCCUCGAGGACAAUCCAAGAGACCAAUGAGGAAUUCAAGACCAUGACGGGGACCAUCCAGCUUGGGAGGAAACUCAUCACCAAGUACAACCGCAGAGAGCUCACCGACAAACUGCUCAUCUUCCUGGCGCUCGCCCUCUUCCUCGCCACUGUUCUCUACAUCCUGAAGAAGAGACUGUUCCCCUUCCUAUAGACCAGGUACCUUUUUGAGGAGCUCUUACCACAUACAGUACUUUCCAUGGUCAAAUGAUUUAAACAACCUUCACUGCCUGGGUGUCAUAUUACACACACAUCACACAUGAGUGUCUGCUUGGUGGAAUGUGGACCACUCAUUCUGCUGAACUGUGACGUUGCUGAGAGUGAAAUAUUGUCCGGAAAAGGUGAAGAUAAACCUACACAACUGUAGUUCCAAGCAGUGUUUUAUUUAGUGAAAAGGCUCCUGUUCAUCAUACAAAGGGAACAUUUCAUCCCUCUGGGAAAGAAGAUGUACAUGUUGGUAGCGCAAAAUGUGUCAAAGGGCCAUAUUUGACGAGUAAGAGAGUAUUCCUGUGUAGUGCAUUUAAUGUAAUCAGCUGUUAGAGGAGAUGGACGACCCCGAUCAGUCUUUUAUACAUUCCCAGUACGAAUGUUGUUUUCAUAUCUUUAUUUCAUAUCAUAUAUUAGGUCCAUACUAUAGAACGCAAUUGUAUUGUCAGACACCUAAAAUAUCCUCUCAGUUUGCUUCAAAUGAUGCCAUGAUCAUAGAUAAUGUGUUGGUUAUGAAACUCAUCUUUGUGUGCGACACACAAUGGGCUCUUAGAGAUGGAAAAAAAAAUGUGAAUGCAAUUUUAGUAAAAUCUGACCUUCACAAAACAAGUGCCAAUACGCUUUUGUUGGCAUGAAUGUCCUUAAAACAAUGCUAUAGCUGUAUCCAUUAAUUGCUAUAAAACAAUAGUAGUAUUAGAAGUCAAAAUGUUAAGGACAUCUGUUUUGUAAAAAAAAUAGGACUUAAGAAGCAAACAGAAACAACAAGGGGCCUCCUUCAUACGUUCCUCACUAACUGAUGUUUUAACCAAACCAUUUUUCAUUACCUGUCAUUGUGCAAGUGAUGCAAUGAUGAUGAAACAAGCAUUUUGCUUAAUUGUUAUUUAUAAGGAUAGAACUGUAUAAUUACUAUCAGGAAUAAUUUAUUACAGUAAUAUGAUAACUCAAUGCUAUAUUAUGAAAUUAUAAUACUGUAAUGGCUUUUAACUUUGAUCCAAACCCAACUGCACUCUCUCAGUUUGUGUUUCACCAGCUGGAUAAUCAGAGCAGUGCUUGCACUUGUGUAUGCACUUCAAAUUUAUGUUUUAUUCAGUUAGUGUGCGCACUUGUCUCCGUGUCGGCCCAUGUAAGCUCGGCUCUGUUCUGCAGCGGAGCAGAAAAGCUCAGAAAAGUCAGUGCCAGUGAUCACACUGGCAGAGAUCUAGCAGCAUGCAUCUCUGCCUUUCUUCAGAUAAGACCCGGAAAAGCAGAUUAUUCCGACCCGUUUCCCUCUCCCUUUCCACUGUGGGUGGAGGGUGAGGAGGGAUAUUUUUAGGUUUGUGUGGCGCUGUUAUCUGACGUUGCCUUUUCAACACCUUGGAGGAGAGGGUGGCCAGAGGAGCUACAUGACCUUGCUACCCUGUCUGCAAUUGCCUGGCAUUGCCAUUCUUUAUUUUAUAUAUCUAAAUGUUGUCAGUAUUGAUUUAUCAAUAAACACAGUCUUCUGGCUUGAUGUUUGA